AUGUGGGCGGUGCGGAGCCUCCCGCUGGCCUGCCUCCUGGCCCAGGCGUGGCUGGCGCCAGGUUCCACCCUUGCUUCCCGCUCGCCGGAAGAACAGGGAGGGCUGGAGACUCUGCUAACUGCCAGGACCCAAAACAAGACCAACCAGACCAGCGAGAGACUGUGGGCUCCAGGGGAGGAGGAGGGGGAGGAAGACUCCCCCUGGCUUUCGACCGAGGGGCAGAAGCUCUCCGGGGAGGCCUCCAACUUGGGGUUCAGCCUGCUACGUAAGAUCUCCCUGAAGCAUGAUGGCAACGUGGUCUUCUCCCCACUCGGCCUGGCCUGGGCCAUGGCUGCCUUGACUCUGGGGGCCAGGGGGCACAGCAGAGCCCAGCUGGAGGAACUCCUCUUGCAGACCUUGAACCAGACCCGACCGCCACGCCUGCCUGCCCUCUUCAAGCGGCUGCGAGAGAGCCUCUCCCAUAACCCAGAGCUGGGCCUGGCCCAGGGGAGUUUCGCCUUCAUCCACAAGGACUUUGACAUCAGAGAGACCUUCCUCAAUCUCUCCAAGAGGUAUUUCGAUACGGAGUGUGUGACUGUGAAUUUUCGUAACACUUCCCAGGCCAAAAGGCUCAUGAAUCAUUACAUGAACCAACAGACGCAGGGGAAACUUCCCAAACUCUUCGAUGAGAUUAAUCCUGACACUGAAUUAAUUCUCGUGGAUUACAUCUUGUUCAAAGGGAAAUGGCUGAUCCCUUUUGACCCUGCUCUUACUGAAAUGGACACUUUCUACCUGGACAAGUACAAGACGGUCAAGGUGCCCAUGAUGUACAGGUCAGGCAAGUUUGCCUCUACUUUUGAUAAGAAUUUUCGUUGCCAUGUCCUCAAGCUGCCCUACCGAGGAAACGCCUCCAUGCUGGUGGUCCUCAUGGGGAGGAUAGGUGACCACCUCACCCUUGAAGACUACUUGACCACAGACCUGGUGGACAUGUGGCUCAGGAACAUGAAAGCCAGAAAAAUGGAAGUUUUCUUUCCAAAGUUCAAGUUAGACCAAAAGUAUAAGAUGCACGAGCUGCUUAAACAGAUGGGAGUCCGAAAAAUCUUCUCACCCUGGGCUGACCUGAGUAAUCUCGUGGUUACUGAAAGAAACCUGAAAGUUUCCAAGGUUUUACAAAGAGCGAUGAUUGAGGUGGAUGAAGAAGGUACAGAGGCAAUGGCAGGAACCCUAUCAGAAAUCACUGCUUAUUACAUGCCUCCCAUCAUCAGAGUGGACCGGCCAUUUCUCUUCAUCGUCUAUGAAGAAACCUCCAGAACCGUGCUAUUUCUGGGCCGGGUGGUGAAUCCGACUCUCCUGUGA